AUGAAGAAAUUGCAGAAAUUGCAGAACGAUGAAGAAAUUGCAGAAAUUGCUGGUAUGCUUCUCUUUAUCCCCACUUUUUCCUUGUCUUUGUGGCUGCAAAAUGAAACAAUAAAGCAUGGGAAAAGACUGCAACAACCAUGUGGACCACCCCUUGUAAUUGUAGUUUUGUUUGGUUUUGUAAAAGGCUCUGCAACAGCCGUAGCUAACUGUGGUGCGAUGCCUUAUGUGUUCUUUCGGUGUCGGUUCCUUUUUUGUUUGGUUUUGGCUUCCCAGUUGGUGUGUAAAUUUGUUAGCCGAGAUAUCAAUCUUAUGAAGAUUGAGACCCAAGAGAUCUAUGGUAGCAUGAGCGAUGUUGGUGAAACCAAGAGAGUUACCAAGACUUUCACUCCCAUGCCAUCACAAGUCACUGCAGCCACGUACAAUGAAGAUCUGGUGCUCCUCUACAAUGAGGUGACAACUAUCACUCAUAGACUUACAGGAGGAUCAAGGCAGUUGGAUGUUGUUCCCAUCGUGGGUGUGCCUGGGCUCGGUAAGACCACACUAGCCAAUAUAGUUUAUAGUUCUCCUUCAGUAAUGUUGCAUUUCCAAAUUCGUGCUUGGUGCACUGUGUCUCAAGUAUAUAGCCGGCACAACUUGUUAGUUCAGAUAUUGGGUAGUAUUGAUUCUAGGAGCCCAGAACAAUAUCUAAAGGUGGAUGAGGAUGAUUUGGCUGUAAAGCUAAAACAAUUUUUGCUCAGAAAUAGGUAUCUCCUAGUUUUGGAUGAUCUAUGGGACAUUGAGGCAUGGAAUUUGUUGGAAAGAUCAUUGCCUGAUGAUGCCAAUGGAAGCAGGAUUCUCGUCACGAGUAGAUUGCUGAAUUUGCAAUUCAAACUGGUAGCAAGGCUCACUAUCUCCAGCACCUUACUGAUGAAGAGAGUUGUUGUCCUUGCUGCUGGAAUUUUUGCUACUACUGCACAAAAUUUCUGGGAAGAAGUUGCAAAAAGUCUAAGGUCCAGUAUUGUCCUUGACGAAGAAUAUUGCAUGAAGACACUUGAACUAAGUUAUAUUCAUCUACCAGAUGAUUUGAAGCCAUGCCUUCUUUAUUUUGGUGUAUUUCAAGAAGACGAAAAUGUUCCUGUCCGAAGGUUGUUAUGGCUUUGGAUCUCCGAAGGAUUUGUGCGAAAGAAAACUGGAAAGAGCAUAGAGGAUGUGGCAGAUGACUACUUGAAGGCACUGGUUGAUAGAAGUUUAGUCAUGGUUACCAAACAAAGAACUACGAGUGGUGCCAAAGCUUGCCCACUUCAUGAUUUGGUACAUGAGUUUUGUGUAGAAAAAGCCAAAGAGGAAAACUUUCUACACAUUAUUCAUCGUGGGAAAGAUCUUUUUAGUCUUACUGGCCUAAGCAACCCCCACCGAGUUUGUGAUCAGAAUACCAGGAAAUUGAAGAUUCAGCACUCAAUGCUAUUUUUUCCCAAUUUACGCAGUUUGUUGUCGUUUAAAGAGGAUGAGUUGGGAUUUUGGUUGCCUAAACUUCUUAGAGUGUUGGAUUUGAGGAACUUGGUGUUUAAUGCAUAUUUUCCGAUGGAAGUAGUAUUGCUUGUUCACUUGAGAUACUUAGCUCUUCAUAUUCGAGGAAUAAAUUCCAUUUCCAACCCAAUAAAUUCCAUUUCCAUCCCAUUUGCAAUAUCCAACCUCUCAAGGUUACAAACUUUUCUGGUAAGAGGAGACUCAAUAUUCUAUUAUGUGUUACCAAAAACUAUCUGGAACAUUAAGACAUUGAGGCAUCUAUGUAUCACAGGUUUCAAUUAUGGUUUUGUUUUUCCUGUUGACGAUCUUGAAAUAUCCCCAUGUUUAGAUCAUUUAAACACUUUAAAGCUUGCCAUUGAUCCCUCCUCUCAAAGCUUGCAAAAGCUGCUGACAUAUUUACCAAGCAUCCGCAGGCUGAAAUGUAAGAGAUCGGAGAAAUCAAGUGAAGAAUUUACCAGAAUUGACGACAAGAUUCUGGUGUUCGACUGUUUGAGUCAACUAGAAUCACUUAAUCUAUCUUUUUUUGACGGAUACGGAUUUAAAUUCCCAUUGAAUUUGAAGAAGUUGACUCUUUCAUAUAAUCAUCAGCCAUGGAGUGAAAUCUCAACAAUUGGAAAGUUGCCCAAUCUUCAAGUGCUUAAAUUACGCCAUGGCUCCUUUGUUGGGAUUGAAGAAUGGGAAAUGAAAGAAGGAGAGUUCCCUAACCUCCGAGUCUUGAAAUUGAUAGGCGUGGCCUUGCGCAGCUGGACUGCAUCUUUUGAUAGUUUUCUCCAUCUUGAGAAAUUGGUUGUGCAUAAUUGUCCGGGGCUGAAAGAGGUGCCUUCUUGUUUAGGGGAAUGUCCGACUCUUGAAAUGAUUGAGGUGAAAUGGUGUGAUGAGUCUGUUGUAAGAUCAGUGAAGCAAAUUCAACAAGAGCAGAUGGAUAUGGGAAAUGAUGUUAUAGAGAUCAUAAUUGAAUAUUGUGGUCAUGCAUGA